AUGUUCGUUCUCGAAUUCGGAGACGCCUCUUCAAAGAUUAUCUCGGGUCAAAAGACGAAAAAUGAGGUCAUCCGAUUUCUUUCUCGUAGAUAUUUAAUUCUCUCUCUCUCUCUCUCUCUCUCUCUCUCUCUAUUUCUAUCUUACCCUCUCUCUCUCUUUCCCUUUCCUAUCUCUCUUCACUCUCUUUCUCUCUCACUUAUCUUUCUCCACUCAAUCUUUCUUACCUCCUUCUAUAAUAAUAACUGGUCUCACUCUCUCCUCUCUCUCUCUCUUUCACUCACUUUUUCCUCUCUUACUCUCCUUUCAUACAUUUUGUCCUCUUUCUCUCUUACUAUUCUCUUCUUUCUCUCUUUUCACACUCUCUACUACCGCUCCUCGCCCUUCUCUCUCAUCUCAAACUCUCGAUCUCUCUCCUCACCUAUAUCUCUCACUCUCUCUCUCUCUCUCCUAUCUAUCUUCUUUGUUUAUUCUUUCUCUCCUCUCUUUCUCUGUCUGUCUGUCUGUCUGUCUGUCUGUCUGUCUGUCUCUCUCUCUCUCUCUUUGUUCUUCGCUGUCUCUAUUGUUUUCUCAUUUUCUUUUCUAUCUUGUCCUAUUCAAUUCUCUGCUAAAGAAACAUUGUUACUUGCCACCCUCCUCUCAUUCAUUCACUCACUCUCUCACUCUCACUCUCUCUCCUUCUUUUCUUACAUUUUAUAUUUAAUCAUUUGUCGAUUUGUCGUUAAUUCAUUUAUUUCCCCUCUCUUUGUCUCUCUGUCUCUUCUCUCUGUCUCUCUAUCUAUCUAUCUAUCUAUCUAUCUAUCUAUCUAUCUAUCUGAUUUUGACAUUCCCAGUACGUGA